GGGAGUCAAGGCAAAAAAGCAUUGAGCCAUCAAACCACAUCCUGAGGGGAAAGGAGACCGGGAGGAGGUCUCGGACUGGACCAGCAGAGCCGUAGGGUCCCAGGAUAAUUGUCAUGUGAAAAACAGUUUCAUCUGCCAUGGAAAAGCGGGAGGCAUUUGUACAGGCGGUGUCUAAGGAGUGUGCUGAAGACUUUUUGCAGUUUGUUCAGCUUCACAAAGAUGCUUCUGACCCUUUCAAUCUGAAUGAAUUAUUGGAUGCAUUAUCAAGGAAACAGAAAGAAGAACUAUGGGAAAGGCUCAAGAAUUUAUUGACCGAUAUAUUGUUAGAAAGCCCAGUAGAUGGGUGGCAGAUAGUAGAAAUCAAGAGAGAAGAUGAUAUGGAAAUAGAACAUGAUUUGGAAAUGAAGAAAAACAUUGAAGUAAUUCAUGCAAUUACAUCUGUGGUUAUUACUUGUAUAUCAGUAAUAAAUGAAAAUGAGAACUAUGAAGCCUUACUAGAAUGUGCUACUAUAUUAAAUGGUAUUUUAUAUGCAUUGCCUAAAUCUGAACGAAAACUAUGGAGUUCCAUUCAGGAUUUGUGUGUUACUUGGUGGGAGAAAGACCUGUCUGGCAAAGAAGAAAUGGGAAAAACUGCCUUUAUCAUGUUAUUAAGGAAGAGUCUUGAGACUAAAACAGGUGCAGACAUAUGCAGGCUUUGGCAUAUCCACGAAGCUUUAUAUUGCUUUGAUUAUGAUUUGGAGGAAAGUAGAGAAAUUAAAGAUAUGCUACUUGAGUGCUUUAUAAGUGUUAAUUACAUCAAGAAAGAAGAGGGAAGAAGAUUUCUUAGUUCUCUCUUCAAUUGGAAUGUAAACUUUAUAAAAAUGAUCCAUGGGACCAUUAAAAACCAGUUACAGGGAUUACAAAAAUCGUUGAUGGUGCAUAUUGCGGAAAUCUAUUUCAGAGCUUGGCAAAAGGCUUCAGGGAAAAUACAGGAGACAAUUGAGAAUGGUUGCAUUCAAGACUUCAUGUAUCAUGGAAUCAAUCUUAGAAGGACGUCUCCAGUACAUUCAAAAGUACGGGAGGUGCUAAGUUAUUUUCACCAUCAAAAGAGUGUGCGACAGGGAGUGGAAGAGAUGCUUUAUAGAUUAUAUAAACCCAUCCUGUGGAGAGGAUUAAAGGCACGAAAUUCUGAAGUUCGAUCAAAUGCUGCACUGUUAUUUGUUGAAGCAUUUCCUAUUAGGGAUCCAAACUUUAGUGCUGCUGAGAUGGAUAGUGAAAUCCAGAGACAGUUUGAAGAACUCUAUAGUCUUUUAGAAGAUCCUUAUCCAGUGGUCCGUUCCACCGGGAUCCUGGGGGUAUGUAAGAUAACUUCCAAAUACUGGGAAAUGAUGCCUCCAACCAUUCUUAUUGAUCUUCUAAAGAAAGUAACAGGGGAACUAGCGUUUGAUACAAGCUCAGCUGACGUCCGUUGCUCUGUCUUUAAGUGUCUGCCAUUACUUUUGGAUAAUAAGCUAAGCCACCCAUUAGUAGAACAGCUUUUGCCGACACUAGCAUGCAGUCUCCAUGACAAUUCUGAGAAAGUAAGAGUGGCUUUUAUUGAUAUGCUGCUGAAAGUUAAAGCUGUGAGGGCUGCGAAGUUUUGGAAAAUAUGCCCUAUGAAACAUAUUUUGGUUCGCCUGGAAAGUGAUUCUCGGCCAGUGGUCCGGCGCCUGGUGAACCUCAUCUUCAAUUCUUUCCUGCCUGUGAAUCAGCCAGAGGAAGUGUGGUGUGAGCGCUGUGUCGCGCUGAUCCAGAUGAACCACGCCGCGGCCAGGAGGUUCUACCAGUAUGCCUACGAACACACUGCCUGCACAAACAUAGCAAAGCUGAUUCAUGUUAUUCGUCGUUGCUUAAAUGCCUGCAUCCACAAAGCUCUGAGAGAGGAUCAAGAAGAUGAAGAAGAACGGGAAAAGGAGAAUGCCAGUGUUCUGGACCAAACACUAUCAGUAAAUGAUGCUGCAUCCAUGGCAGGUUUAUUGGAAAUCGUUGUAAUUCUCUGGAAAAGCAUUACUAGAAGUAUGGAAAAUAACAAAGAUGCUAAAGUUUACACCAUUGACAAGUUUGCCGCUGCGCUUCCACAGUAUCUUAAAGCAUUCACGGAUGAUCGCUGUAAGACUCCUUUAAUUAUACUAUUGUCCUUCAUGCCACCUUCUGCUGUCCCUCCCUUCAGCUGUGGUGUUAUUUCCACAUUAAGAAAUCAGGAAGAAGGAGCCAUGGAUAAGAACUAUUGUACUUUGUUAGAUUGUCUUUGCUCCUGGGGACAAGUGGGGCAUAUUCUGGAGCUACUCUACGAUUGGUUGCCAGAGGAACAGCCCCAAAGCAAGAGAAAUUCAGCAUCAAAAUGUAAAGUACAAAUUCAUGAUACACACCCAAUAAAGCCUGAAUUAGCCUUGAUAUACAUAGAAUAUUUGUUGACUCAUUCAAAGAAUCGUGAGUGCCUGCUAUCUGCUCCCCAAAAGAAACUUAACCAUCUUUUGAAAGCACUUGACACAUCAAAGACCGACCUAGAAUCCAUUUUGCUGUCAUCCGGUAAAAAACCUCGUAACUUCAAUCAAACAACAGCCCUGCAAGCCUUCAGUCUCUACUGUCGAUUAAGUAUUCAUCUUCAUCACAAGUUUUGCUCAGAAGAAAAAGUGUAUCUAUCCAUUUUGGAAGACACUGGAUUUUGGUUAGAAAGCAAAAUUUUAACUUUUAUCCAAGAUCAAGAAGAAGACUAUUUGAAGCUUCAUAGAGUCAUUUAUCAGCAAAUCAUCCAGACCUAUCUGACAGUAUGUAAAGAUAUUGUGAUGGUUGGACUGGGUGAUUAUAAGUUUCAGUUGCAUCUUUUACAGCAAAGUCUUAAAAUCAUGGAAACAGUGAAGGGAUUUUUUUACGUUUCAUUACUUCUUGGCAUUCUAAAAGAGGUAACUGGAAGAAGAUCUUUAAUUCAAAAAUCAGAUUCAAAUGAAGACAUUGCAACUCUGUUUGACACAGUCCAGAAAGUAUUCCAGACUAUGUUGGAAUGUAUUGCACGGGGCUUCAAGAAACAACCAGAGGAAGGCAUCCGGUUACUUUAUUCUGUUCAAACACCUCUGCAUGAGUUUAUAACAACCGUUCAGUUUUGGCACAUGGAUACGCCUCUUCACAAGGGAGUGCUUUCUACGUUGAUUGCUGCACAGGUGGUGGAGAUAAGUCAUAAACUACGAAAGGCUUCGGAUAUAGACGAGCUUACUCUACCAGAGUGUCUUGCAGACCUUCCACCGUUUUCAAGAUGUUUAACAGGAAUAAUAAUAAAGACUUCCAAUGUGGUCAGGUCAUUCUUAGAUGAACUAAAGACAUGUGUUACUUCUGAUGAUAUUGAUAACAUUGUGUGUCUUACAGCUGUUGUGCAUAUUAUUUUGGUGAUUAAUAAAGGUAAAUAUAAGAGUUUAAAAGUAAAGGAGGUGGGAGCCGUUGUUCAGAAAAAACUAAAGACGUUCAUGGAAAUAACUUUGCAAGAGGAUAGCUCUGAAAGAUUUCUGUAUGAAUCAUCUACGAAAACAUUGGGCGAACUUUUGAAUUCAUGACCAAGUUAACAUCUCUGGACACGUAGAGCUAGAGGAAAAGGACUUAAAGAAAAUAUUUGACAUCACUUUUAUUUUCCCAGUGUAUUUAAUACCAUGCCCCACAGGGAAGGGUGGGUAGGACUUUUUGGCAGGGGUUGGGGAGGGAAGUUCAAGUAGAAAAUCCAAGAGUUUUUUAAAAUUGCCUGGUACCCACAUAAGUGAUAUAUUUAAUGUAUAAGGUCCCAGGUAAGUUUCCAUGAUGCAGAAAUUAAAAGUGCAAAAAUAGGGAAAAGGACAGAUUUUCCUACGAAGCCAUAUAUCUGUAUAUGUAUAUCUUCCAAAGGUUUGAGAAAAAAACGGAAUUUGAAAUAAUGAACGUUUUCUCUGAUGUUUUUGAAAUCCCCAUAUAUGUUGUUUGAAACUGUAAGUAAUAAAGCGAGUUUGUAUUUUAUAAUAAAAUAUUAAUAAGUGUUUUCCACUUUAAAGGCAGCGAUUGAUUUCUUAGAUAAAUGCCAUCUCUGUGAAGCCAUCUGUGAACAAAGAGACCGAAGGGAUCGCAAAGCUAGAGUAACUGAUGCUAGGUGUGCACGAGAGAGCGCACCGAUGGCUGUCAGUUCUUCCCGUAAGGAACAGCAUGGAAGGAGUCUCCUUUGUUUAAAUGAUGUUUUACUACAUUCAAACUUGGGUCCUAUGACUCUGAAUGUGAGUAGCAAAGAAAUUUAAGUAAUUUAGCCUGAAGUGUUUCUCUGCUGUUUUGUAUUUUCUCUCUAAGAGCCAUCACAGUUAGAGGGAAACGUGUCAGAGGAAAGUGUGCCUGGGCUUUUUUCUUUGAAUGUCCCUGACUCCCUUGCACCCACCCUGUUUACCUGUCAGAUUGUGUAGUUUUGGGGCCCUGGUAGUCAGCGUCCAUAGCAGAUGGAAA